CACGGAAGGAAAAUAAUAUGGGAUUUGGUUGGGAGUUCAUUUUCAAAUUUUAUUUUUGUUUUGUCGUUUCAUUUGGAUACGACAGCUUCUUAAGCUAUAAGAAAGCAACACAAAGCAGCAGAAAUAAUGACACAAACGUUUCUCCUGCCAGAGCUGUUGACAGAGACAUCACGACAUGUUCCUCUACAGGGGCAGAUAAUCCUGCUUGGUUGUAUGUGGAUUUACAAGAAAUAAAAAGCAUACAUGAUAUAAAGAUUUACUUUUAUGGAACAGACACAGCAGAUGAGCAACGACAGAGAGAGUUGAUGUAUGGAUAUCAACUUUAUGUUUCAAACAUAACUGAUUUACGAGCCUUGGACUUGAUACAUCAUUGUUACAAUCACAGUGGGCCUGCCUUGCCUGACUUAAUCUCCAAUCACGUUUGCACAGCAUUUGGACGAUACGUUAUCUUCUACAAUGAGAGAAUUCCUGGAGUGACGUAUCCUAAUUCUAAUGGAGGGAUUCAAAAUUUUACAUACGUUCAGUUAUGUGAAAUCAUUGUAAAUGGUUGUGAAACUCCUGGAACGUAUGGAGAUAAUUGUUUCAAGAGAUGUCCAUCAAAAUGUCAGGAACAGCGCUGUCACAUUAUCAACGGAAACUGUUUGGGGUGUAUGGAAGGAUGGAAAGGAGAUACUUCUGUCCAGAAGGAUAUUAUGGACUGGAAUGUAGAGAUAUUUGUUCAAACAACUGCUUAG